AUGACUGUUGAAACAACCAGUCUCCUCAUCAAACGUGAGCCAUCGCUGGGCUUAUACGCUGUAUCCUCACAUCCGUUGAAACAAGGAGAUCUAGUGCUUGAAGCUCGACCAUAUGGUCUAUCUAUAAUACACGAAGAACGUAAACGAGUCUGCCACACCUGCUACACAAUCGCCCUAAACAAAUACGCUCUAUCAUGUACAGAAUGCACGUCAGUAUACUACUGCUCAUCAUCGUGCCAAGAUUUGAAGCAACCUCAUCAUACCGAAUUUGAAUGCACGGCAAUGGUAGACCUAUCGAAUCUAGGACCAGUGUAUCGUAAACACGCCAAGAAGGUGUAUACAAUCGUGUCCAAAUUGAAUGGAAUGUUGCUCGAGGAUGCUGAAGUGUAUUCAGCAUUAGAUAUCCAAGAUUUAGGUCGUUUCGUUCUUGGAAUGAUAUCCAGACGAAACGCACCAGAUGAUCAGGCAGGUGUCUCAUAUAAGGAUGUAACGAAACUCAUAAGGAAUGUAGAAUCAUUAGAUCGUAUCGAACGCCAGCAACUCGAAUACCUGUACGGGCUACUCAAAACUCUACCACAUAGUAGUAACAACAACGACACGCCAUCCCAACACUUCACCACACUGCUCACAAACCAUUACACCCUCGACGACUUUAUAAAUCUAAUAUGCAUCCGCACAUGUAACGGAUUCGGGCUAUGGAGCUUUGAAGGCACUUCAGCCGGAUUCGGAAUAUACCCAGCAGCAUCAUACUUUAACCACUCCUGUAAGCCGAAUCUUAUGCGGGAUACUGGAAUCAAACUGCAUAAUCCGUCAAGCAGUAGUGACUCAAACGUAACGACGUUCUUGGAUGCUGAACCUCGAGUAAAAUUCUUUGCUCUUCAUGAUAUGGAAGAGGGGGCAGCAUUAUAUCAUUCGUAUAUAGAUUUCACGCUUCCGAGAAGGGAGAGACAGGAGUUGUUGAGGGACGGGUAUUACUUUGAGUGUGGUUGUGAGAGGUGUGUAAAUGAAGAUGAGGGCUGGAUUCGAACGUAUUCGUGUCCGGGAUGCUCAUCAGCUAGGAUACCAGGGUAUGAUUGUGGGAGGUGUGGUGCUAGAAAACACUCUGAAGUUUAA